AUGCUGAUUUUAGUAGCAGAUGAUGCAGCGGAUGCUACUCACGUCAAAAAAAAUUAUAUUAUUUUGGCAUUUGACCUUGGUUGUUUCUUUUCACCUUGGGUUUUAUGUAAAAGCGGCCGAAAAAGAGUAAAGGGUUGGAACCUUAGGAAGAACAAGUAUCCUGCAUUAAGGAGUGCACAAGGAAAGACCCAAAUUGCCUCAUUUGAAAUUAAACCAUCUGUUAAUAAUUGCCCAAAUUUCGCAGUGGUCAGAGAAAUGCCACAAUCUGCUCGACAUUUAGAUGACUCUUUACAUUGCCACUGGGAUUUGAAUGGUGACACAGAGUUGAAGCAAAAACAGCCCUAUCAAAACAAUGAAGUAUUUUACCCAUUAGAAAGGAAAUUGCGCAGUAGAAAAUAUGAAGGUGCAACUUUCGGAUUAUUACUUCACGUCUUUUUAAAAUGGGAAAAUAUUCCUUUUAUACAAAAAAUAGGUCUUUUAACAAAAAAUGUGUAA